AUGUUUUUAAGACGCUUUAAUCGGAUUGUAAGCUAUAUACGGCUACGUUGUAUCAGCCAACCAACCAUCAAAAAAAGUAUUCUAUUACUUUUGUGUGUGAGCCUUGUAACAUUAUGGAUAUUGGUUUAUUACGUAUCAAACACUAGUUUCCCACAAGAACGCAAUGUAGAGUUACAGACAGACAUCCAGUGUAAACUGCUUCCACAUGCUUCAUUUGCCAGUCAAGACAAGCAUAAACUCACUGGUUCUUUUAACGUUAAAGCAAAAGCAUUAAUAUUCAUAGAGAGCUCGUUGUCAAAGCCUGGACAACAGAUUUUGUCACUGCUAGUGGCUCAGAAAUUUAGGUAUCACACUGAGAUUGCAAACAGUAAAAACUUGCCAAGUUUGUCGAGCAGUGGUCACGGAUUAUUUUCAAUUAUCAUUUUUGAAAAUCUGGAUGUCUAUAUCAACCUGGACCAAUGGAACAGGGAAUUAUUGGACAAGUACUGCUUGGAAUACAGUGUUGGCGUCUUGCUGUUUACCACUACUAAGGACGAAACUUUAUUCAGCGAACAAGUCGGUAACUUCCCGCUUUUUAUGCACUCCAAUCUUGGUUUACGUGACUAUGAGUUGAAUCCAAACUCUGAUGUUCUGUAUAUCACACGGCCAGGUGAAACGCUCUAUGGUUAUUUACCUGGUUUUGAUUGGACGGUUUUCCAGACCAACCACAGUACUUACGAAGCCAUAGCAUAUGCAAGAACCAGUACCAUGGAGUAUGUAAAUCUCGGCUAUCCACAGUUGCUGCAUACUACCGUUCUAUUAGAUCGUGGAUACCUUGAUGGUAUCAGGAGAAUUUUCUUUGGCAAUGGAUUAAAGUUUUGGCUUCACAAUUUGUUAUUUCUGGACAGUUUAUCUUACCUAUCACACGGGAGACUGAGUCUGGGUCUGGAAAGAUACAUACAGAUUGAUAUUGAUGAUAUAUUUGUCGGAGCCACAGGAAUAAGAAUGAAAGUUAGCGAUGUUGAGGCAUUAAUACAACACCAAGAUGAGAUGCAAGCCCAAAUACCAGGUUUUCACUUCAAUCUUGGAUUCUCAGGGAAAUUUCUCCAUUCAGGCAGUGACCAAGAAGACGAUGGAGAUGAUGCGCUCUUAGUAAACGCGCAUCGGUUCUGGUGGUUUCCUCAUAUGUGGAAUCACAUGCAGCCUCACCUCUAUAGCAACGAAACAGCCUUGCGUACCGAGAUGGUCAGGAACAGACAAUUUGCUAAGGACUACUCCAUCCCAGUUGAAAAGUUCUACUCAGUAGCACCACAUCAUUCCGGUGUUUAUCCAAUACAUACUCAAUUGUAUGAAGCCUGGAGAAAAGUGUGGAAUAUACGGGUGACAAGUACUGAAGAGUAUCCUCAUCUCAGACCUGCUAUCAAGAGACGAGGUUUCAUACAUAGAAAUAUCAUGGUUUUACCGCGGCAGACCUGUGGUUUAUUUACUCACACAUUAUUCAUGAAUAAGUAUCCCGGCGGAAGAAGUAAAUUAGAUGCUAGUAUCCAUGGCGGCGAAUUAUUUAUGAUUGUUGUCAAUAAUCCUAUAAAUAUUUUUAUGACUCAUCUUUCAAACUAUGGUAAUGACAGGCUGGCUUUAUAUACUUUUAAAAGUGUUAUUAAGUUUGUACAAUGUUGGACCAAUCUGCAGUUUAUUUCAAUACCUCCGCUAGAAUUAGCAAACAAAUACUUUUCACUAUAUCCAGAAGAGAAGGACCCAAUAUGGCAGAACCCAUGUGAUGAUAAACGCCACUUAGCUAUAUGGUCUGAAAAUAAGUCAUGUGAUAGACUCCCUAAGUUUUUAGUUAUAGGACCUCAAAAAACUGGGACCACAGCAUUAUACAGUUUUCUGAGUAUGCACCCAUCUAUAAUGAGUAAUUUUCCAAGCACCAAAACAUUUGAAGAAGUACAGUUUUUCAGCGGAGCAAAUUAUCACAGGGGAAUAGAUUGGUACAUGGAGUUCUUUCCAUUGCCUAAUAACAGUUCAACACACUACGUGUUUGAGAAGAGUGCAACGUACUUUGAUAACCAUCAAGUAGCUGAGAGAGCGUACGCGAUGUUACCUCGUGCCAGGAUUGUCACAAUUCUCCUCAGUCCUUCCAAACGUGCUUAUUCAUGGUAUCAGCACAUGAGGGCCCAUGCUGACCCAACUGCUUUGAACUACAGUUUCUUUGAAGUUGUGUCUGCCUUGGAGGGUGCUCCAAAAGCUGUGAGAGAUCUUCAGAAUAGAUGCCUCAGACCCGGAAUGUAUGCUGAGCAUUUGGAUAGAUGGCUUUCAUAUUAUCCACCAAAUCAGCUUUUAAUUUUGGAUGGAGAAUUAUUGAAAAAUGAUCCAGUGUCUGUGAUGAACAAGGUUCAACGAUAUCUAAAGAUAAAGCCAUUUUAUAACUACGAACAACAUCUGAAAUUCGACAGCAAGAAAGGGUUCUACUGUCAGAUAUUGCCUGAAGGAAAAACUAAAUGUCUCGGUAAAAGUAAAGGCAGAAACUAUCCUAUCAUGGAUUCACAGUCACAGAAAUUCCUACAGCAAUAUUACAAACAGCACAAUAUAGAGUUAUUUAAAUUACUGAGUAGACUUGGACAACAACUACCUGAGUGGUUACAGGAUGAGUUACAAGUUAUCUAGAAAUAAAAUGGAGGAUAAGGAUCUUGAAUGGAGAACUGAGAGUGUGUAAAAGGGGUCAGCAAUGGAACGUCUGCUUUUCCAGGGUGUAGGGUGCUGAAAUAUAUACAGGGAUAUAUAUAUAUAUGGUUGAAGUAUUGGUUUUUUGGUGCUGAUGGUACAAAUGCAAAGAAAGUCCAUUGAUAAUACUGCAAGUUUUUAACCUUGGCAGAAUAUCAAAGUUUUUGGCUCACUUAAUACAAUAAUGUAUUUACUCUAAUACAUACACAUGUGUGUCUAUAUUCAUAAAAGUCAUUUUUGAAUCAACAUAUAUUAAAUGCAAUUUUAAGUUUAUUUUUUGCUUCUGUUGGAGUAAAUACUGUAUGCUUUUCACCCUUUGAGUACCAGGUCAACUUUUGUCACCAAUCAGAAAUUAAAACUUAACACGAUUUUUUGAUAACUUUGAUCAAGACUUGUAGCCAGCAGCAAAUAAUGUCCAUUUGGUCCAAAAAGAAAUUCAAGAAAAAUACAUAAA